CACAUUCCUGCUGUCCUCCCUCCUGCAACCAGUAGUUCCCUCCCUCACCGCGUGACUCUCCAUCCUCCUGCAGACCAUGAAUUCCAUAGUAUUCCUUUUCAUGCUCUUGAAGAGCGUCACCCUUUACCCACAGCCUGUGGGGGAUUGGGAUGAGGAAGAUCGUCGGAAGAUGGAAUUGCGUGCACAGCAGCUGGAACAGGAGAGGCUUCUGCUGGAGCAGGACGUGGAGCGGCUCAUCCAGAAGAGUGAAGCGCAACAGUACUUGCAGCUCGUGACUGUUGCUGUGCUCCUGGUCUUGUGGUUUAUGGGGUGGGAAAGGAGCCUGAGGAGAGAGGAGAACGAAGAAGGAAAUAAUGGCGCAAAUGAAGAGGGAGUCAGAAAUGGGGCUGCGCAUGGAGAAGAAGCUGUUGGAAAUGAAGAAGACAAUGCGAACCAGGAGGAAGGCAACGAUGAUGGCAACGUACAGGAAGUGGGCAAUGCUGCUGCAAAUGAGGCAGAUGAUGAUGGAAAUGAAGCUGUCAAUGAGGUUGCAGAUGCAGAAAACGACGAUGAAUUUGCAAAUUUAGUGCAAGAAGAAGAGGAUGAUGCUGAGGAUAUGUUUGGUGAAUGUGUGAUGGCGUGCAUCCAGUGGCCUGUACAGGACCUGCAGAGAGGCUGUGAGUGGACAACUGAGCUGAUGAACAAUUAUACCAUUUUUUUUGGUCGUGUCUUGUCAAACAGUUUCUACUCAGUCCUGCAACAAGCCAUCGGCGUGGGCAGCGCCUUUGAAGGUUGGAGUCCCCGUGAGCAGGAUGUUGUCUACUGCGUGCUUGUACCCAUGACUCCUCCCCGAGGCCACAGCUUCCACCUGGAGCUGGACACUGCAGGGCAGAGGCAGGUGAGGAACUUCCGUGUCCGCGUGCAGCUGGAGUGCACCUGCACAAGGGAGCAGCAGGGGGAGAACAUGCUGUGCUUCCUGCACCACCCUGAGGAGGAGUUAAGGAGGAAUCAGGAUCCCAGCCUCCUGGACACCCUGUGCAUCGGCUCCUACCUGGACGUGCAGAACACGGCCUGCUGGUUCCACCAACUGGUGAGAGCAAUCUGGCCAGCUUUGGCACACAAUUGGCAUUUAACACUGCUGCCCUCCAGACGCUCCUGCCAAUUCAAGGUGACCAACGGAGAAGAGAGCUUCAGGAUUGACAUGUUGUUUGGAGUGCGGAGAGACGACUCAGACAUCUUUGUGAGCAGCCAGCCUAGAGAGGCCCACACCCCAAGAACAACCUGUCCUGAGACUUAUCCUGUGGCAGAGACCCAGUUCUUCAAGCUCAUUGCCAGCGAGGCCCCCCCCGACAGCUUGCACCUCAAAUGCCUGCAGUUCUUCACUCAUUUCUGGCUGGGCUUCUACUUUUCCACCUACGCCAUCAAGGUGAUUAGGAUACUGCAAAGGCCUCGGUAUUCGCCCCAGUUUUGAAAUGGAGAAGUGACUUUAACCACAGUU